GUGGGCAUUGGGGGCUCAGGGUUGGUCGCUUCUUCUUUGUUUGCAGUUCUCAGGCGAUCUAUCAGUUUGUUCAGGGUUCAAAAUUCAGAAAUGGGUAGUUUAAGGAAGAUCAAGUUGGGUUCUCAAGGGCUAGAGGUAUCAGCCCAAGGACUGGGCUGCAUGGGCAUGUCUGCCUUCUACGGCCCUCCAAAGCCAGAGGAAGACAUGAUAACUCUCAUCCACCACUCCAUCAACAGUGGCAUCACCUUCCUCGACACCUCUGACAUCUACGGCCCCUUCACCAACGAAAUUCUUCUCGGAAAGGCUUUGAAGGGAUUGAGAGAGAAAGUUCAGUUAGCUACCAAAUUUGGGAUUGGAGUUGUAGAUGGGAAACGGGAGGUGCGUGGGGACCCUGCUUAUGUGAGGGGAGCCUGCGAGGCCAGCUUGAAGAGGCUUCAAGUCGAUUGCAUCGAUCUCUACUACCAGCACCGGGUUGAUACUCGAGUUCCCAUUGAAGUCACUAUUGGAGAACUGAAGAAACUAGUUGAAGAGGGGAAGAUAAAGUAUAUAGGGAUGUCUGAGGCCUCUGCUUCAACAAUCAGAAGAGCACAUGCCGUUCACCCAAUUACAGCUGUUCAACUGGAGUGGUCAUUAUGGACAAGAGAUGUAGAAGAAGAUAUAAUUCCUACUUGUAGAGAACUUGGAAUAGGCAUUGUUGCAUACAGUCCUUUGGGAAGAGGUUUCUUUUCAUCGGGGGCCAAGCUUGUUGACAAUUUGUCUGAUGAUGACUUUCGUAAGAAUCUACCAAGGUUCCAAACUGAAAAUCUUGAGCAAAAUAAACGUAUAUUUGAACGCGUGAAUGGGAUUGCCAUGAAGAAGGGAUGCACCCCUUCACAGCUCGCUUUGGCAUGGGUCCAUCACCAGGGAGAUGAUGUCUGUCCAAUACCAGGAACUACCAAGAUUGAAAAUCUCAACCAAAAUAUUGGAGCUUUGUCCGUGAAACUUACACGAGAAGAAAUGGCAGAGCUUGAAUCCUUAGCUUCAGCUGAUGACAUUAAGGGUGAUAGAUAUCCAUCCAUGAUGGCGACUUGGAGAAAUUCAGAGACUCCAGACCUUUCUUCAUGGAAGAGUUGAUGGAAGACAUACUUGUUGCUUUUACUGUAAUGUUGUCCUUCUAAAUUUCCUGUGUGGCUUCUUGGAGUCUUCGAAGUGUGUUUAAGAGUUUUUAGACUCAUAAUUUUGAUUCCUCAUCUUAUGGUUGACCAAUAAAUUUAAUUUUCCA